AUGACUGUCAUGGCUUCGUUGCGUAAAGUGCGCCGAUUCGUGUGGGGUGAAAUCCCUGCAACCAAGGCGGAGCAGAAGCUGUUGCUGAAGAUAGACUGGUUUAUUCUGUCCUACUGUUGUCUAAUGUAUUUUACGAACUACCUCGACCGGAGCAACGUUGCGAAUGCGUACGUCUCGGGGAUGAGACAAGAAUUGCACAUGCAUGGUACACAGUACAAUAAAAUUAACACGAUUUUCACCUGCGGGUAUAUUGUUGGGAUGAUCCCAAAUAAUUUAAUGCUGCAGGUCGUCUCCCCGCGCAUCUGGUUUCCUACCAUGCAGAUAGUCUGGGGCGUGUUGACAUUCUGCUCAAGCACCGUGAAGAAUAUCGAGCAGCUCUACGCCAUUCGAUUCUUCCAAGGCGUGACGGAAGCCUCAACGUUCGUGGGCACGCACUACGUCCUCGGCUCGUGGUACAGGCGUGGCGAACUCGGAAAACGAUCAGGCAUCUUCACGAGCUCGGGGCUCAUCGGCACAUUGUUUUCUGGUGUGCUUCAGGCGGCGGUGUACAAACAUCUGAAUGGAGUUUCAGGACGAAGUGGCUGGCGGUGGCUUUUCAUCAUCGACGGCGUGAUCACACUCCCCAUCGCCUUUUACGGUUUCCUGGUGUUUCCAGAUCUUCCUGCAACAACGAAGGCCUUCUAUCUCACAGAAGAGGAACGUGUCCUCGCACGCGAACGUGUCGAGACGACCAAGAAAUCGACGCACGGGAAAGUUACGUGGGACCUCGUCCGCAGGAUCCUCGGCCGCUGGCGGUGGUAUGGCUGUAGUCUGCUAUUCGCCGUCUCGGGCGAAACAGAGAGCUUUGCCUCGAACAACCUCAUGGGCCAGUUUCUUUCCGCCCUAGGCGGAUACACGGUGGAGCAAGUCGAUUACUAUCCGUCUGGCGUGACCGCCGUCGGAAUCGCGUCGACGCUCAUCUGCGCGACGUGGACUGACUCCACGCGCUCGCGUGCUCGAUGGCCCGUGCUUGUGUGGAUGUGCUUUGCGGUGAUCGUCGCGAGCAUAUGUAUCGUAGUCUGGAGUAGCCCCAUUGGCCUCAAGUUUUUCGCGUAUUAUCUGGCUGGUGCUAGUUACUCAGGCCAGGCGACAACGUUCGCAUGGGCAAACCAGAUAUGUUAUGACGACGACCAGGAACGCGCAGUCGUGCUCGCGUCCAUGAACAUGUGGAACAACGUGAUUAAUGCGUGGUGGCCGCUCAUCUUCUACCGUGCCACGGAUGCGCCCCGGUUCCGACGGGGCAUGUGGGCGAUGAUCGGGACGGCGGUCGCGACGCUCGGCGUGACGUGGCUCGUGUGGUUCCUCGAACGGCGGGAGAAAAGGGGAAGAGGGAAGGUGGGAGUGGAGGAGGGCGCAGAGGAGCGGGACGACGAGCAGAACGAGAAGGGGCAGAUAGAUGAGGUGGUCAUCGCGGAGAGCUUGUGA